GGACUUGGGAUGGAGCAGUGGCUGUUGCCGAAAGCUCGGUCCUUGUCCCUGAUUCCAACCCAAUAACGGGGACAUGGAUUUGAGAAUAAAGAAAAAGAAGGCUUAUUGCUUUGAUAGAGAAGGAGAAGCAGGGGACUCCUGUCCCAAAGGCUGUGAUUCUGCCCAUCAGCAGGAACAGGGGUAUUGUGUAGAGGUGAUGCAGAGAAGUGAGAUUAGGGAGGAGAGAUCUGGGAGGAGAAACCCAGGGGAAAGAAAAUCAGGAAGGAGAGGUUAGGGAAAAAAUGUGUAAGUUUCAACGCCAAGAGAUGUAGUCAGAGCGUCCAGUGGAGCCCUGCUGCAGGGCCAGCUUCAGGGACACACUGCUGUCCGGCUUCGAUUGACCAGGGGACCUUUCUGGUUACAGCAUUCCACUUUCUCAGAAAACGAAACUGAAAUGGAUUGUGGUCAUGUGACAGGAGGCACGGUUUAUAGCGGCUGCCUUGAGGACUUUUGCUCUCCUUUUCAGACCUGCAGGGGAAGGGGCUCGGGCUGGAGAAGCCUCCAGUCAGAGGCAUGGAGUGUCCUCAGUGCCAGCAUGUCUCCCAGGAGGAGGCCCCCAAGUUCUGCAGCCAGUGUGGACAGAGGCUGCCUCCUGCAACCCCCAGACCAGGCAAGUCUCAGGGGUGCUGGGGUCAAGUGGGGAGGGGGGCCAGCUGUGCCUUCCAGGCCCACGGGAACUGGGCCAGCAGGCAGCCUCAGCCGCCGCCCCUCCCUGGCAGAACUCUGGGGGGGGGGCGUUUUUCCCCAGCGGCUUUGAGUGGUGGCUGGGGUGGCGUGGGUCCUGCUGCUGGUCUGCGUGCGGAGGAUUGGGGCUGGGGCUCCUCUGCUGUGCUGCAGGGCCUACGGAGCAAAAGGAAGAAAAAGAAGAAGAACCAGGAUGCUUCUGCUUCCUCGGAGCCAAGUUCCUUGGCCCUGUCUCCCUCCGGUCCCCAGAGUCCCGACUCGCCUUCACACCCUGGGUCUCCGGACACAGCCCUGGACCAAAGCCAAGCCCAGCAGGGACAGACUGCCCAGGGCAAGGGUGCAGAGGAGGCUCAGAACAGCCCAGUGCUCCAGGACCACUCUGAAGGAAAGGACCUCCACAACGCCGCGUCCUCUGGGGAUAGUGGCCCCUCCCAGGAGGUGUCUGACCCACCCACCUCUGCCUGCGAAGCCCACCCCAAGGCUGAAGGUGCUGCCCAAGGGCUCCCACUGCCCGAGUCCCAGGGGGACUCUAAGCCUCAGAAGGAAGCCCAGAGGGCCAGGCAGCAGGCGGGGGUCCCAGCCUCUGGGGAAGGUGAGACCAGGGACAGGUUGGCUGCUCCUGGAAGAAAGGCGGGCGAAAACAGCUCAGAGCCCACAGACCCUAGGAAACCGGAAGGGAGUGACAGAAAUUCCGCAGCUGCUGUGAAAAAGGAGAAGGAGCAGAAGAACCAGAAGGCCAGCUCGCAGGCCGCGCCCCCCAGCUUGCUGAGCCCCGAGGAGGGGGUCACCGUGUACUUCCACGCCAUCAUCUCCAAGCACUUCGCCUUUGACCCCGAGCUGCACACCGUGUUCAUCAGGGGAGGAGAGGAGCUCGGACGUCCCGGGUGGAGUGACGCUUGCGAGAUGUUCUACGUCGAGGACUUGCAGGAGAACGGGUCUCUCAUCGAGGGCAGCAUUGUAAUUCCCCGGGGGAGCCUGGACAGAGCCAUCCCUUACAAAUAUGUCCUACACCGUGGCCCCAACCAGGCGGUGGAGUACGAGUACAUCUACAAGCAGCCGCAGAGGGCGGGCGAGCACGUGAACCGCUGCCUGUGCAUCAAGGCCUCCCUCAUGCGCUCCGGAGAUUGGCAUCAGUAUGAUGACAUAAUCUGCAUGAAGCCUCCUGGGAAAUUACAGAAAUUACAGAACUUCUUCAAUGAUAAGACGAAGAAGGAUCUGGUGAAGGGCAAGCAGAUGGCGGCCGAGAUCAUGCUGGGCCGCAUCUUCAGCAUUCUGCAGACCUGGAACCCCAUCAACCUGAAGAACUUCUUCACGCAGUUCCGGCAGUUUUAUUCUGUUGUCCGAGCGCCCAUGAUUUACGAGGGGAAAGCACAGCCCUGGCUUAGCCUGGGCCUCGGAGAGCCAGAGGUGAAGAAGCACCUGUGGAAGUAUUUGAAAAAGCAGAUGGGACCGUUUCUGGAAGGGAAGAGUGGGGACGCCCUGCCUGGAAGCUGCCCUGUGCGGAGCAGGCUGAGGAUGGGCCUGGUGGUCCUUUUCCUGGUGGAAGAUGUCAAACUCUACUUGUCGGAGGGUGACCUGACCUCGCUGUGCUCCAUCCUCUGCCCCAGCACCUGCUCCCCAGACACCCUGCACAGCGACCUCAGCCACAUCCUAGGCACAUCUGAGAGGUACCAGGGUGUUUUGUCUGAAGUUUGUCAUGAUUUUUAUCUGAUUACAGAGUUAAGGGCUUGUCAGAGAAGGGCUGAGCCCACUCUGGGGAAAAAUAAAACCACAGUCAUGUCACCACUUGCUCCUGUCAUUUCCUGGCUUGUGUGCCAUUGCUGGUCUUUCUGGACCUUCCCAGCCUUGUUUUUCCUUGCCUUGAGUCCGUUCAAUGCUCUCUCUGAUGCCCUGGUCUCUGUCCCGGCUUCUUCACUCAGGAACCAGUUUCUUAGCUUCAUGGAGAGCAGGAAGCAGCUGCUGUGUGUGGAUGAGUACCUCUUCCGAUCCUGGUUCACUCUGCUGCCUCUGGGAAGCCUGGUUCCCUAUAUGGAAAACUCCACGGAAUACUUGAGUCUCGUGCCCGCUCGGGUCCUCGACUGUUUCCUAGGGACUCACUACAGGCUGCAAGGGCUUCAGGAGAUCUCUUACCAAAACGUGCAGAUGGGUAUCGUUUCCUCAUUUCCUCACGACUUCACUGAUCUCUCUGGAUACCUGGUGGGUAGGAUUCUGGAGAAGACAUCAUUAGAGUCCUAUUUGACCGUGUGCCUGAAGCUUCAUGAAGCUGUCUGCAAGAUCACCAAAACCCCGAAGUAUGUUGAGAUCCCCGCCUUGUCUGCCUGUGUCAUUGGCAGAGUCCUUGGACUUGGUCCUGCUGUGGACAUGGCAGAGGACCCAGGAGCUGCAGCCUGGAAAGGCUCAGUGACAAGUGUCCUGCAGGGUGUCCUGGCCACCACUAGAUCCUGGCUACGCGGGGUGUUUGUGAAGAGCAUGUUCCAGAAACGCUCAACUGUCCAGUUGUCGUAUCCCGAGGAGAUCCAGUCUCAGACCAGUGUCCUGGAGGGAGUCUCUUGUCAUGAUUUGCAGAAAUUUGGCAGCCUUGUGUCUGCCGUGAUCACCAAGUCCUGGCCCAGGAACAAUGGAGAGGCCGUGGACGACCUGGAUGAGAUUCUUAAACACCUGCUCACGGGGCCAGAUGUGAAGCAGCUCUUCAAGUUGUAUGGGACGGAUGAGAAGCUGUUAGACAACCUCACAGACGACGCCAAGAGGUUGAUGGCUGCUGCCAACUCUGUCUUCAUGAAGGUUGCUGGUGAAGUCCUGGAUGGGUCCAUAUUGAUCGGACACUUGGAGCUGAUCCUAAAGCACAAAACCCAGUUUCUGGACCUGUGGCAGUUAGAGAAAAAGAGUUUUUCAUUCCAAGAGGGAAAAUGUGACAUGAAAGAGACCCUGGACUGGAGGAUGGGAGAAGUCGUGUUUCUGAAGAGAGAGAAGAGACAGGUGGACAGCCUCCUCAAGCUGAGCAGGAAGGUGAAGCACCUCGUCCAAGUGGAUUUUGGAGAGAUUGAAGCAAGACACUCCGAAGACCUGAACCUCAAAAGACUGAAUGAAGCCAUAAUAGUGAGCCAGCCAUCAUCCUUGGCCUUCCAGCAAAUGACGCACUACAACCUGGAUCUCAGAGCCCAGGAAAUAGCUGGAAGGAUAGACUCGCUGAUAGACAGCCACAUCUUCCAGGUGUUCUGGGAAGAAGCUGCAGAAUCAUUGAGUCAUCCCAGAAGGAGAUCUCAAAGGCCAACCCUUGAACUUCUAGAAGCCUAUGAGUUCUUGUACUUGCCUUGUUACCAGAGGUUCAUGAAACUGUAUCAGGAUCUGAAGUCAGGAGAGGUCACCUUUGCAGAAAUCGAUGUCAUCUUCAAGGACUUUGUAGAUAAAUACAAUGACCUGACUUCAGACCUCCAGAUUAUGUGUAAAGUAGACCCCCAGGCCCAGAGAGGCUGGAUCUCGGAGCGCGUGGAGCAGAUCAAGGAGUACCAUAGCCUGCACCAGGCCAUCAGCUCGGCCAAGGUCAUCUUGGAUGUCAAAAAUAAUUUUGGAUUGACUGGCGACUUCAGUGUUCUUUACACUUUAGUAAACUUUUCCCUGCUGUACAAGCUGGACAAGAAGGCCGGCUUCAGCGAGUUCAUGGAGCUGCUGAAGGAGCUGUGGAAGGCUCUGAAAAACGACCCUCACCUGCCCAGCAAGCUGCGAGACUCUGCCAGGAACCUGGGGUGGCUGAAGACCGUGAAGGAAAGCCACGGGUCCAUCGAGCUCUCGUCCCUGUCCCUGGCUGCCGCCAUCAAUAGCAGAGGCAUCUAUGAGAUCAGGGCACCCACAAGUGACCAGAAGAUCUCCCCAGAUACCGUCCUGCGCCUGAUCCUCCCUGGGGGUCACAGUGGCCUGGAGCCAGAGCGCGCCUACUCUUUGGAAGAGCUGAAGGAUCUUUUAAACAAGCUGAUGCUGAUGUCUGGCAAGAAAGACCACAAGAAUAUGGAAGUGGAAAAGUUCUCUGAGGUAUUCUGCCACGUGCAGCGGCUCACGCAGGCCUUCCUGAACCUGUACUCGGCGGGAAACCUGCUGUUCCGGACCUGGACUGCCGAGGUCUACUGCUGCCCCAGGAACGGCGUCUCCAUCCGCAUAGACUUCCACUUGGAGUUGGUGAGCCAGCUGACAGAGAGUGGGGACGUCCCCCUGCUCCUGGAAGCCCUCUGCAGGCAGAUGGAGCGCUUCCUGGAUGACUGGAAGGAGCUGGUGAGCAGGAAGCGCAGGGAGCACUUCUACCUCAACUUCUACACGGCCGAGCAGCUGGUCCUCCUGAGCACCGAGCUCCGGAAGCAGAGUCCCAGCACAGCUGCCCUCAUGAUGCUGUCCUUCAUCAAAGACCACUGCACGCCAGCCGACGUCUUAAGGGCCACCGAGGGGUUCAGUGAGGCCCCCAGACACCGCGUGAGGACAGUGAUGGAAAAGUUACCUCCGUUGCAGUCCUCUGAGAUCGGCCUGGUGACCAAGCUGGGGGCCAUCAUGGAAGAGUCCCUGGAGAGCAUGAGUGUCUUUCUGCCUGGCUGCCUGGACCUGGAGGCCCUGGGCCAUUGUCUGGUUCGCCUGGCCAGGAUGGGCAGGCCUCCUGUGGAGCGGUCUCUCCCCGUGGGUCUGCAGGCUGGCCAGCCCAACCUGGUCUUGUGUGGCCACUCUGAGGUGCUGUUGGCUGCCCUGGCCAUCUACAUGCAGGCCCCUGGCCAGCCCCUGCCCACUUUUGAUGAGGUGCUGCUCUGUACCCCGGGGACCACAUUAGAAGAGGUGGCCCUGCUCCUGCGCCGCUGCCUGGCCCCGGUUUCCCAGGGGCACAAGGUCUACAGCCUGCUGUUUGCGGAUCAGCUGAGCUACGAGGUGGCCUGCCAGGCGGAGGCCCUCUUCCGCAGCCUGUGCACACAGUGUCCCCGGGAGGACUACCAGCUGGUGCUGGUCUGCGACGCUGCCCAGGAGCGCUGCUACCUGCCCUCGGCCUUCAGCCAGCACAAGGCCCACCUCAUCCCCCAGGCCUCGUCCCUCCAUGCCAUCCAGGCCUACCUGGCACGUCACUACCAGGUCCCAGCACAGACCCUGUCCGCAGCCGCUGUGUUCAGAGACCGGAUGUGUGUGGGGAUCGUGUCCUCGGAGAGAGCGGGAGUUGGGAAAUCUCUCUAUGUGAAGAGACUGCAUGAGCAACUGAAAAGGAAGUUAAACAGCAAAAAGGUGCCUUUAAAGAUCAUCCGGUUGACAGAGGCUCAGGUGGAUGAGAGCUGUGUCCUGGGCUCCCUCCUGCCUUUCCUGGAUGCUCAGUACCAGAAAGCACCCAUGCUGUUCCACUUGGAUGUGACUGCUUCGGUACAGACUGGAACUUGGGUCUUUCUUUUCAAACUCCUCAUUUUACAAUACCUGAUGGAUGUAAGUGGGAAAAUGUGGCUUCGGAACCCGCGCCAUUUAUAUAUCGUUGAAAUUCCAGAAGGAAAUUCAGGACUGCUAAAGCGGUCUUUAAAGCUGAAUCCACAUGCCCCCAAGUUCAGUUUUCUUGACAUAUUCCCCAAAGUCACCUGCAGACCUCCCAAAGAAGUGAUAGACAUGGAGCUGAACCCCGAGAGGAGCUUCCUGGAGCCUGGAAUGGACGAGCGAGAAUUCCGCAGUGCCACUUUCCAAAGACCUUUCCAAUACUUAAAACGAUUCCAUCAAAAGCAAAACCUGGACACAUUUCAAUACCAAGAAGGGUCUGUUGAAGGCACCCCGGGGGAGUGCAUCCAGCACCUCCUCAUCUACUGUGGGGUCAUCAACCCCUCCUGGUCAGAGCUCCGGAACUUUGCUCGGUUCCUCAACUGUCAGCUGAAGGACUGUGAGGCCUCUGUGUUCUGCAACCCAGAUUUCACGGGAGACACACUGAGGGGCUUCAAGAACUUUGUGGUCACCUUCAUGAUCUUCAUGGCAAGAGACUUUGCGACUCCAACACUUCACACCUCUGACCAGAGCCCAGGGAAGCACACGGUCACCAUGGAUGGGGUUGAUGAAGAAGACCUUGCCCCCUUUACACUCCGAAGGAGGUGGGAGUCAGAGCCGCACCCAUAUGUGUUCUUCAAUGGCGACCGUGUGACAAUGACAUUCAUAGGCUUCCAUCUCCGGCCCAAUAACAAGGGCAGUGUCGACGCCAUCAACCAUCUCAACGGGAAGAUAAUCAAGAGAGAUGUCAUGACAGCAGAACUGUACAGGGGGCUGUCGCUGCAGAGGGUGCCCUUCAAUGUUGACUUUGAUAACCUGCCCAGACACGAGAAACUCUUGAGACUCUGCCUGGCACUGGGAAUCCCAUGGGCCCUGGAUCCCGAUGAAACCUACGAGCUCACCACAGACAACAUGCUCAAGAUCCUGGCCAUUGAGAUGCGGUUCCGCUGCGGGAUCCCAGUUAUCAUCAUGGGAGAAACCGGCUGUGGGAAAACCAGGCUCAUUAAAUUCCUUAGUGAUCUGCGGCGUUGUGGUGCCCAGGCUGAGACCAUGAAGCUGGUCAAGGUCCAUGGAGGAACAACUGCAGCCAUGAUCCACUCCAAAGUCUGGGAAGCCGAGGUUACUGCCUUCUCCAAUAAGGACCAAGACCAGUUGGACACCAUCUUGUUCUUUGAUGAAGCCAACACAACAGAGGCCAUAAGCUGUAUCAAGGAAGUCUUGUGUGACCGGACCGUGGAUGGCCAGCCCCUGGAGGAGGACUCAGGCUUGCACAUCAUAGCUGCCUGCAACCCUUACAGGAAGCACUCCCGGGAGACCAUCUGCCGUUUGGAGUCGGCUGGUUUGGGGUACAGGGUCAGUGCCAAGGAGACGGCAGACAGGCUGGGCUCCAUUCCCCUCAGGCAGCUGGUGUACCGUGUCCACGCCCUGCCCCCCAGCCUGAUUCCUCUGGUGUGGGACUUUGGGCAGCUGAAUGACACUUCAGAAAAGCUCUACAUCCAGCAGAUUGUGCAGAGACUGGUGGACCACGUCAGGAUCAGCGAGGGCGAGACUCGUGUGAUCACGGAAGUGCUCUCUGCCUCUCAGAGGUUCAUGAGGAACACUAAAAGUGAGUGCAGUUUCGUCAGCCUCCGGGACGUGGAGCGCUGUGUGAAGGUGUUUACGUGGUUUCAUGGCCGCAGCGAGAUGCUCUUGGAGAAGUUGAACACCUUUCUCUGCGAGUCCCGUGCCAGCAAAAAUAACUUCAGGAGAGACCCCGUCCUCUGGUCCCUGGUGCUGGCAGUGGGGGUCUGUUACCACGCCUCCCUAGAGGACAAGGAGUCCUACCGCAGAGCCAUUUGCAGGUCCUUUCCAGAACCAUAUGACGACAGCAGGGUCAUCCUGGACGAGAUCACGCACGCACAGGAUCUUUUCCUGAGUGGGGUGCCUCUGAGGAAAACCAUAGCCAGGAACUUGGCUCUGAAGGAGAACGUCUUCAUGAUGGUCAUCUGCAUUGAGCUGAAGAUCCCCCUCUUCCUGGUGGGGAAGCCUGGCAGCUCCAAAUCUCUCGCCAAGACCAUCGUGGCAGAUGCCAUGCAGGGCCAGGCCGCACACUCCGCUCUCUUCCGCAGCCUGAAGCAGGUCCACCUGGUGUCCUUCCAGUGUAGCCCCCACUCCACCCCACAGGGCAUCAUCAACACCUUCAAGCAGUGCGCUCGCUUCCAGCAGGGGAAGGACCUGCAGCAGUACGUGUCUGUGGUGGUGUUGGACGAGGUCGGCUUGGCAGAAGAUUCCCCCAAAAUGCCCCUGAAGACUCUGCACCCCCUGCUGGAAGACGGGUGCAUUGAAGACCAUCCGGCCCCCCACAAAAAAGUCGGCUUCAUAGGUAUUUCCAACUGGGCCCUCGACCCUGCCAAGAUGAACCGGGGCAUCUUUGUGUCCCGCGGCAGCCCCAGUGAGAAGGAGCUCAUAGAGAGUGCCAGAGGGAUCUGCUCUUCAGACAGCCUGGUGCAGGACAGGGUCCAAGGGUACUUCGCUCCCUUGGCCAAAGCCUAUGAGAUGGUGUGCCAGAGGCAGGACAAGGAAUUCUUCGGGCUUCGAGACUACUACAGCCUCAUCAAGAUGGUCUUCGCCACCGCCAGAGCAUCUAACAGGAAGCCUUCCCCACAGGAGAUUGCGCAGGCGAUCCUUCGAAACUUCAGUGGCAAAGAUGACAUCCCCGCUCUGGACAUCUUUACGGCCAGCUUACCUGCGGCCAGGUGCAUGGGAGAGGUCAGCACCCUGGAGCUCAUUAAGCAGAACAUUUGUUGGGGCUCUCCAAGGGGGGCACUUGGAGAGCUGGAAGAUGCUGAAUCCCGCUACUUGCUGGUGCUGACCAAAAACUACGUGGCCCUGCAGAUCCUGCAGCGAUCAUUCUUCAGUGAGGACCAGCAGCCCGAGAUCAUCUUCGGUUCCAGUUUUCCCCGGGACCAGGAGUACACCCAGAUCUGCAGAAACAUCAACCGGGUGAAGAUCUGCAUGGAGACCGGCAAGAUGGUGGUGCUGCUGAACCUGCAGCACCUCUACGAGAGCCUGUACGACGCGCUCAACCAGUACUACGUCUACCUCGGGGGCCAGAAGUACGUGGACCUCGGGCUCGGCACCCAUCGCGUCAAGUGUCGGGUCCACCCCGACUUCCGCCUGAUCGUCAUCGAGGAGAAAAAUGUGGUGUACGAGCAGUUCCCCGUGCCCCUCAUUAACCGGCUGGAGAAGCACUACCUGGACCUCAGCUCGGUGCUGCAGGGGUGGCAGAAGAGCAUCGUGCAGGAGCUCACGCGGUGGGCAGAGCAGUUUGCUAAUGUAAAGGACCAUCAUCAGUUCAUGCCUGGGCACAAGUAUACCCCUGCUGAUGUCUUCAUCGGCUACCACUCCGACGCCUGUGCCUCCGUGGUGCUGCAGGCUGUGGAGAGGCAGGGCCCUGGGGACCCGUCCGAGGAGCUGUACCACAGGGUGUUCGAGGAGGCCAAGCUGAUCCUGCUGGACUGUGCCACGCCGGAUGCCGUGGUGCGGCUGAGCACCUCUGCGCUGGGCUCAUUUGCUGCACAGUCGCUGUCGCAGGAAUACUGGUACAAGCAGCAGCACCACUCCUUUGCCGAUUUCCUCCAAGCCCACCUUCGCACCGCAGACCUGCAGCACCAUGCCAUCUUCACAGAGGUCACCACCUUCUCCAGACUGCUGACGAGCCAUGACUGCGAGGCCCUAGGGGCGGAGGUGAAGGGCUUGGCCCCGAAGCCCGUGAUCCUGUCACUGCAGCAGUUCGACACCGAGUACUCGUUCCUCAAGGAAGUCCGAAGCAGCUUAGUGAAGACAGCCAGAUGUAAAAUCCUCAUCGUCCAGAUGGAUUUUGACGACGGCGCUCACAGUGCUCAGCUUGUUGCGUCAGCUAAGUAUUCUGCCAUCAAUGAAGUCCACAAAAUGCAAGGAACUCAGGGCUGUGUCUUCCUCUAUCUCAUCACAAAACUGUCCCGCAUGGGGAGCGGAGCAUCCUACGUGGGAUUCCAUGGAGGACUGUGGAGGUCUGUGCACAUCGAUGACCUCCGGAGGUCCACAGUCAUGGCCUCUGAUGUGACCAAGCUGCAGAGUUUCACCAUCAGCCAGCUGUUCGUGCCAGGAGGCAGCCCUGAGCCGAAAGGCAACCAGGAGGAGGUGAUGGAGGUAGAAACCAGCAAGUCAGGGGAGGUGACAGAAGAGGAAUUGGAAAGGGAAGGUCCUGAGGAGAUGGGGUGUGAGGCUGCGGAUCUGAGGGACACUGAUGCACAGGUCCUGGACACCACCCGACUGCUGCGGAGCUGUGUGCAAAGUGCCGUGGGUAUGCUCCGGGACCAGGAGAGCUGCCCGCGCAACGUGAGGAGAGUCACCGUCCUCCUCAGCCUCUUGAGCGGAGUCGGCAGGUGCAGUGCUGCGUUCUUGCGGAUAUCCAAGAUGCGCCUCUAUGUCCUUCUAAAGAAGCAAGAGGAGAACCAGCUCUGUAGUCUGAAGGAGUGGGUGGGGCGAGAGGCCGCGAACCAGGAUGCGCUCCAGGAGGCCGGCACCUUCAGGCACACCCUUUGGAAGCGAGUCCAAGGCAUGGUCACCCCUCUGCUGGCCAGCUUGAUCUCCUUCAUCGACAGAGACGGCAACCUUGAGCUUCUGAUCAGAGCACACUCCCCAGCCUGGGUCCAGGACAUGUGGAUGUUUAUUUUCCGUGACACUAAGUUCCUGAAUAUUCCGCUUGUGAUGAAUAACACAAGAUCCAAGAGUGAGAUGUCCUCCAUCGUGGUGCAGAACCAUAUGAGCCUUCCCGAGGGUGCUUGCAACAGUGUCCCCUUCAGCUGGAGAAUCAGGGACUAUCUGGACGAGCUCUGGGUCAAGGCCCAGUAUAUCACAGAUACAGAAGGGCAGUCAGAGAAGUUAGUGGAAAUUUUCCAGCAGACUCCCCUGGGCAUGUUUCUUGCCCAACUUCCUGAAGAUCAGCAGCAAGAGCUGGUUCAGUGCUACUCAAGGGACUUCCUGCUCUUGACCAUGAGAGUGUCCAACCAAGAGGAGCUGGAGUUUCUGCAGAUGGCCCUGUGGUCCUGCGUCUGUGAGCUGCGAGCAGCCUCAGGGAGGCCGGAGGACAGGCUCUGCUUGCCAUGGGUGCACCUGGCCUAUCAGCAUUUCAGGACGCGCCUGCACAACUUCUCCAGAAUUGUGACCACCCACCCACAGGUUCUGCAGAGCCUCACUGAAGCGGCACAGAAGCACGACAUCGUUGGCAGUGAAAUGACACUGGAUGUGUUGGCUGCCAUGGCCUGUGCUGAAAUGCUGACGGGAGACACCCUGAAGCCGAGUGCCCAGGCCUGGCUGCAGCUGGUGAGGAAGCUGGCCAUGCCGUUGGAGCUCGUGUGCUCCGACGGGUACUUGCAAGGCAGCGGGAGCGUGGCCAGAGCUGUCGCUGCGGAGCUCAGGACCCAGUGGAAUCGGGUUUUCCCCCUCGCACUCUUUGUGGAGCACGUGCUCCUGGGGACUGAGAGCCAGAUUCCUGAGCUGUGCCAGCUGGUGACCAAGUACGUCUUCUCACUGGACAAGUGUCUUCAAGAGAACUCCAACCUCAAGACCCAGAGGCCUUUUAUGGCUGUGAUGACCACACUCUGCGAGUGCAAGGAGCAAGCCAGCAAGAGCCUGGCCAGGUUUGGAGUGCAGCCGUGCCCCAUCUGCCUGGGAGAUGCUCAGGACCCUGUGUGUCUGCCCUGUGACCAUGCGUACUGCCUGCCCUGCAUCAAGAGCUGGCUCGUCCCCGGGCAGAUGAUUUGCCCCUACUGUUUAACCGACCUGCCUGACAAGUUCUCUGUGACAGUUUCCCAAGAGCACAGGGUGGCCAUUGGGAAACACGCCCAGUUCCGGCAGAUGUGCAACAGUUUCUUUGUGGACCUGGUUUCUACUGUAUGCUUCAAAGACAAUACCCCUCCUCAGAAGAGCGUGAUUGAUGGGCUGCUGUCUCUACUCUUCGUGCAGAAGGAGCUCUUGAGAGAUGCUCCCCAACGACACCGGGAACACACGAAGUCUCUCUCGCCAUUUGACGAUGCCGUGGAUAAGACUCCCGUCAUUCGCUCCGUGGUGCUGAAGCUGCUCCUGAAGUACAGCUUCGAUGCAGUGAAAGAUUACAUCCAGGCCUACUUGUCCCUGUUAGAGAAGAAGGCGUUCAUCACUGAAGACAAGACCGAACUGUACAUGCUCUUCAUCAACUGCCUGGAGGAUUCAAUUCAGGAGAAGACCAGCGCUGCCUGCACACAGAGUGAACUCCAGUGCCUGAGGGAGGAAGGCCGUUUCCUCCUGACCUGCUCCUCGGGGAGACGAGGCCAAGGACCUGCCACUGCGGCGUCUGUAGAGUACCUGCAGGAGGUGGCCAGGACCCGCCUGUGUCUGGACAGGGCUUCUGACCUCCUCUUGGAGCUUCAGGAGGGCUCAGAGCUGGCUGAGGAACAGCAGUGCUACCUGCGGCACGUCGAGCAGUUCUGCACCCGAGCGGGGAACGACUGGCACCGCGUGUACCUGGUCCGGAGGCUCGCGAGCCUGCGUGGGAUGGAGUUUGUGCAGGGCCUCUCCAGGCAGGGCCGUCAGUACCAGUGGGUGUUUCCCAAGGGAGUCAUUGCACAGCAGAAGGACCACACGGGCCAGAUGGACCGAUACCUGGUGCAUGGGGAUGAAUACAAGGCACUUCGUGACGCGGUGGGCAAAGCCAUGCUCAAGGGCAAGGCCCCCAGCCUCGAGGCUGCUCUGACGGUCUGCAGGAACAGACCUCGACAGGUGGUCUACCUGCUGCUGGUGCUGUACCGAGAAGUGGCUGCUCUCCACUGCUCCCACAACAAGGACCUCCACCCUAAGCCAGAGCAGUGCGAGGCUGUGAGCCGGUUCAUUGAAGACAGCAGGGUCCUGUCUCCUCCGGGGGUCAGGCCUUUCGCAGCAUCCCUCGUGGACCACAGUCUGCCCUUGCUGAGCACGGGCCCUGGUGACGAGAGCCUUGAAGGAACAGUGACAGAAAUGGCUGUUCAUGCUGCAGCUGUCCUUCUGUGUGGACAGAGCGAAAUCUUGGCGCCUUUGAGGAACUUGGCCUUCUCCCCGGCCAGCAUGGUGAAUGCUUUUCUCCCAACGAUGCCUGAAGACCUGCUAGCUCAAGCCCAGAAGUGGAGGGGUCUGGAAGGCGUCCGCUGGUACAGUUGUCCCAACGGUCAUCCGUGCUCUGUCGGAGAGUGUGGCAUGCCGAUGGAGCAGGGCUCCUGUGUUGACUGCGGUGCUCUCAUCGGAGGUGUCGACCACAGACCUCACGCCGGCUUCCUGAGCAUCAGAGCCAACACAGACAGAACCAGGACUGGCCAUGUGCUGGGCCACCCGCAGCACAGAGGUGUCGUAGUGGUGUCUGACCGAGAGCUGUCGCCCGUGGUCUUCAUCCUCAUCCGGCUACUCACUCAUUUGGCUAUGCUUCUGGGAGCCACCCAAAGUCCCAAGGCCCUGACAAACAUCAUCAAGCCUCCAGUGAGGGACCCAAAAGGAUUCCUGCAGCAGCACAUCCAGAGAGACUUGAAGCAGUUAACAAAGACACUGGGGAAGAGUGCCGACGAGACCACCCACGUGGUCCACCUCAUCCUGCGCUGCCUUCUCAAAGAGCAGUGCUCACUCCCUGGCCAGAGACAUUUAAAUUUUGAUGCAGAACUGUCAACCAAAGAAUGGAGAAACAAUUGGGAAAAACAUGUUGCAUCUCUUCUUCUACCUGAACUGGAGCAUCUAGACAAGACCCUGCUGACUGUGAGCACGCUCAUCAGCCAGGAUGAACGUGUCAGCUCCAACCCCGUGGCCAAAAUCAUAUAUGGUGACCCAGCGAACUUCCUGCCCCGACUGCCCCAGAAAAAUGUGGUUCAUUGCUCAAAGAUUUGGAGCUGCAGGAAGAAGAUCACAGUCGAGUACCUCCAGCAUGUUGUGGAGCAGAAGAACGGCAAGGAGAUGGUGCCCAUGCUCUGGCAGUUCCUGCAGAAGGAGGCAGAACUGAGACUGGUGAAAUUCUUGCCUGAGAUUUUGGCCCUGCAAAGGGAUCUGGUGAAACAAUUCCAGAAUGUUCCAGAAGAUGAAUACAGUACCAUCAGGAGUUUUAUUAGCAGUCACAGUUCAGAUGGGCUGAGGCAGCUGUUCCACAACAGGAUCUCCAUCUUCCUGUCCACGUGGAAUGCACUGAGGCGAUCACUGGAGACCAACGGUGAAAUCAAGUUACCCAAAGAGUACUGCAGCUCCGACUUGGAUUUGGACACAGAUUUUGAGGUCGUCCUGCCCCGGCGUCAGGGCCUUGGUCUCUGCUCAACUGCGUUAGUCAGCUACUUGAUUAACCUACACAAUGAAAUCAUCCACACAGUGGAGAAGUUCUCCAAGGAAAAUAACAGCUAUUCCGUGGAUGCCUCUGAGGUCACUGACCUGCAUGUCAUCAGCUAUGAAGUGGAGCGGGACCUGAUUCCACUGAUCCUCUCCAACUGCCAAUACCAAGUGGAACAAGGCGGGAAGACCUCACAGGAGUUCGACCUGGAGAAGAUCCAGCAGCAAAUUAGCAGCCGCUUCCUCCAGGGCAAGCCCUUGCUGACCCUCAAGGGGAUACCCACGCUGGUGUACAGACAUGACUGGAACUUCGAACAUCUCUUCAUGGGCAUCAAGAACAAAAUGGCACAGAGCCCCCUCCCCAGCUCGGCCAUAGGUGCCAUCAGUGGACAACUGCAGUCCUACAGCGAUGCCUGUGAAGCCCUGUCUGUUGUAGAGGUCACUCUGGGCUUUCUAGGCACAGCUGGUGGGGAUCCAAAUAUGCAUCUGAACGCGUACGUCCAAGAUAUCCUUCGGAUGGGUGAUCAAACGACUCCAGUUUUAGAGGCCUUAAGCAGGGGUCAGUUAAAACACGCUAUUGCCCUCUGGCAGUUCCUCUCUGCUCAUAAGUCGGAACAGCUGCUGCGACUGAAGAAAGAUCCUUUCCGGGAAAUCAGUUCUGUGUUCAAAGCCGACCUCAGCCUAGAAAGUGCUAAGCUCCUCAGCACCUUCCUGAAUCACACAGACCUGGAUGCUUUCCUCCUGGAGCUCCAUGAAAUGAUGGUGUUGAAACUAAGGAAUACCCAGACCCGGGACAGCUUCAACCCCAAGUGGAGCCUGAGGGACACUCUGGUGAGUUACAUGGAAACCAAAGACAGUGACAUUCUUCCGGAAGUGGAAUCCCAGUUCCCAGAAGAGAUCCUGCUGUCUAGCUGCGUGUCUGUGUGGAAAGCAGCAGCUGCACGGAAACAGGACCGGCAAGCAAGAUAGGACUGUCCACUCUGUUUCUGGAUACACUGCAGACAUGGCUCCCUCCCCUCUCUGUGCCCCUGGGGGCACCUGGGAGGAAAGUGUUGGCACAGCACUGAAGUCAAGGCCAGCACGUCGUGUGCCAGCUUACAGCUUUUUUGAAAGACAAGCCAUUUCUGGAACACAUGCAGAUUCCAGGAUUCUCGUGUUAUAUAUGAAUACGGUUCAGUAAGUGGUGAGGAUGGCAAUUAUUUGGAAAUGGAAAUCACCUGCCACCCUGUGCAUUUGAAGAACAGAAACAAAGGGACACACCAGCAGAGACCUGUGUCGGGCCUGUAGCCUCUUCCUCCCACUGCCACA